AGAUAAAAUUCACAGGUGCAAGAUGUGAGCUGCGUAGAUGGUAAUGGGCUAUGUGUUCAAUCCAUGAGUUGGGGAACUUCUCGUUUAAAGCUGCAUACAUGGUUAGCCAUCUAGUGAGCGGAGGAGAAAGAAUUUUUCCGUUUCUGUAAAACAGAUUGUUAAGAAAAAGGAUGGGAAAAGUUCCCAAAUGCGGGUAACUCACGAUUUUAGUACGGAAACGUGAAAUGAAUAUAUUAUUAAAAAGGAACGUCAUGCUUCUAAGAAAAAAAGAGUCGUAAUGAUCUUUGAUUUAUAGUAUACUUUAUAUUGAAUAACAUUGAAAACAUUUGGUAUUUUGUGUCAUGAUGAUGCAAUUACCUAAUAUUUACCAAAAAAAUUAAUAACUCCGGUUUAAAGAAACCAGUAACGAAACCAGAGUUGUGAUAGGAAGUGUUAUCUGAAAGAAUUUAUGAUUAAUUUCUUAUGAAUAAUAGCUCAAAAACGCAACUUAAGCUGUAUAACUUAUAUGUAUGGAGAAUGCAUUUCUGUAUCCUGCACAAUAAUACAGUGAGAACAAAUAAAUUUGCAUAAUUAAGGAGCACCUGGUUGUUUUAAAAUUAAUAGAUGUUGAAUAUAGAUUUCGUUUUAAAAAUUAGUGUCUUAUAGUGUUUCUUUUUAAAAGCAGACUCCGUAAAUAAAAUGAAAAUGUACAAGAACUCAUUUUUAUUAAGCAACAGUUACUAAUUUUCAGUAUUUUGUACAUUACAAAAGUAGGAAGUGAGUAUUAAAGUUUUAAUAACUUUAUUGCUAAACUGUUUCAAUAAGUUAAACAAUAAGAUGGAUAGACAUACAGCAAUGCAAUUUCAUUGUUUACCCAUUCUUGGGUAAAUUUGCAACUGAUAUUCCAAACUGUAGCAUUUGAAAAGAAAAAAAAAGAUUAGAUUUAAUGCAUUAUGAAGACAAAAACACUGUACAAUAUAUUCCAUGCUCACUUAAAAACUUACUAUUAGAAAUGUUGCCUAGGAAGAAAAUUUGAAUAAAAUAUCUUUUAACAGGUAUUUCUAGAAAAACUGCAGAAAUAACAAAUGAUGUUCACAGAUAUUCCCAGCUUACAGAAAUUGCAAAUUCUAUGAAAAUAUCUGAAUUUUAUUCACGCUCCAUUUUCCCUAGAAAUACUACUGGAAUAAAUUCUUUUUGCUGCAAGAGUGUUUCGUUAAGGAAGUUGAAUUCGAAAAAAAAAAAUUCAUCCUCUUUCGCUGUCCAAUGGAAACCAAAUUUGUGCUCGAAAAUGUUUCACUGAAUUAUAAAUUUCUGCAAACAGUGAAAUUCUAAAAGAGCUUAUUUUCCUUUAAAAUAGUACUACCCUGGAAAACUUUUGUUUCUUUAAAUUUAAGAGAAACUUCAUUCGCAAAACAAACUUUCGUAAUAGCCAAAAAUCUAAUGCAUUCUUCUACGUAAUUAAUCCAUUAAUGAUAGAAGAAAAAUAUAAACAUUUUCCCUACUUAAUAAUUUCAUUGGUACUGUACAUUUGACUGAAAAGGUUUGAGGAGAUAUCCUGAGAAAAGCUACAAAUUACGUUUCACAAACGAAAUAUUUCAUUAAGCUGAAAUAUCUGAAAAUGCGUAUUUAAAAAUAAAAUCUCUUCCAGAUAUCUUUUUCUGUUAUGAAAUAUUUAUAUUCACUACUUAAUUUCAAUGGUAUUGACUAAUGGCUAGGAAGGAAGGCUUAUAAGGAAUUGCCUAAUGACAAUAUUUAACAAAGGAACUGAAAGUCAAAAAUAUUACAUGUUUGCAUUACUUCCGCAUGCUUAAACUUGCCAAACUCUAAGAAUAAAUCGUCCAUUAUGAAUUCUACAGAAGCAGAAUAUGUAAAAAAUCUAAGAGCACUAACAUCGCUUUCUAAAAAUUGGUACACUGGUUCAUAUCCUUACAGUCAAAAUCUAACAAGAGCUCUAAUAUCCUUUUCUAAUAAUUGGUACAAUAGUUCAUUUUCUCACAGUCUGAAUCUGCAGUUAUCUAAUUCUCAGAUAGCCACUCGUGAAAUUAUCGUUAUCAUUUUCUAUAGCAUGGUGGUCGUAAGCAGCAUAUUUGGUAACUUUUUGGUGUGUAACAUUGUAAUUCGGAAUCCAAGCAUGCGAAGCGCCACAUAUGUUUUUAUUGUCAACUUAGCUCUAUCUGACCUCACGAUGACUAUCCUCAAUAUUCCAUUCAACAUAGCAAGAAUACUUUUGAACAACUGGCCUUUCGGUGAUUUCAUGUGCUCUUUCGUACCUCUAGUGCAAGUGACAUCAGUAUAUGUAUCAACAUUCACAAUGGCAUGUAUAGCAAUAGAUAGGUACAGAAUCAUCAACAAGCCUCUAAGACCUCGAAUACUGACUUCACAAGCUCUAAUUGUAACCGCUUGUGUAUGGCUGCUGGCAGUCCUGUUGUCCCUUCCACAUGCUAUCUUCAAUAAAGUGCAGCCUGUUUUCACUUACAGAAUCCUCAUUCGAUGUCGAUCCGUUUAUCCCGAGAACUUACAGCAUUGGAUCACGCUAAUGAUGGUGACUACGCAGUAUAUUUUACCAUUAUCCAUAACAGGAAUCGUUUAUUGGCGUAUUGUGGUUCAAGUAUGGACUAGAAAUGCUUUAGGAGUAGUCACUGAAGAGCAAAUGAUUACACAAGCGAAAAACAAGCGAAAGGUGGUAGUGAUUUUUUUCAUAUUAAUUAAGAUUUUAAAUUUUCCCCUUCAAUUCAAAUGCAGCCACUUUCUAACAAAACUCACACCUCAAAUUCAAAACAUUGAAUUACAACUGCAAAUUGAUUUACAAAUACAAAUUGAUUUACAAAUACAGCAAUGUUGUCAUUGCACCUACAUGUAAUUCAGUAUCAAUUAAAAUGAAUGCUGCAGAAGACUUAUUAUUUAACCCUUUCGCCGUCCUCUCCUGUCCGCGAAAAUUUCUCCCCAGCGGCCGUCUGAUCUUCGUAGCGUGUAAUGUUGUUUUCUCUGUACAUCAUAACUUUCCAUACAUGACUUUCGUAGUGGAUGAAUGUCAAUGAAUAUUAAGUAAAAUUAUAAGGAAAGCAUAAUGGAAAAAUAAUAAAUCUCUGCUAUGUCUAACAGCAGGCUAAUUUGAUAACAUCUGA